CAAUGCUUCAUUGCAGAAAUGACACUGAUGGCAAGUGUCCUUCGUUAGCUAGAAAAAGAUGGCCUUAGAGUAAUAAAAUACUCCUGUGUCGUCUGUACUUAAUCUGAACAUUCAAGAAAUUAGUAACGGACCCGAUCAUGUAAGAUGUUAUGUUGAUAUAUGUGUCCGUUACAGAUUAGCUUUGUAGCAUCACUUUACAGCUGAGCUCGGUAGCUAACUGGUGUUAACGUUGGACCAGGACAGCGGUAAGCGAUGACUGGUAGGAGGACUAACCGCAAUCAUCAGACACUUAUACUCGCCAUUUUUCUGCUACUUUUGAGUGCGCAGUUGGUGAAAACAGCUUCUGAAUACGACCCCUAUAAGAUCUUGGGUGUCAGCAGGAGUGCCAAUCAACCAGAAAUCAAGAGGGCAUAUAAAAACCUUGCCAGGGAAUGGCACCCAGACAAAAACAAGGACCCAAACGCUGAGGACAUGUUCAUCAAGAUUUCUAAGUCAUAUGAGAUUUUGUCUAAUGAGGAGCGAAGGUCCAACUUUGACCGCUAUGGACAGAUGGAUGAAAACCAGCCUUUUGGCCAGUCACAGCACCACGGUUUCCGCAACUUCCAUAACAGCUUCUACUUUGAUGAGUCUUUUUUCCAUUUCCACAGGUCCAGGGACUUUGCAGACAGCAAGUACCUGCUUCACCAUGCACAGUUUAACAGCGAUAUCCUUCCAGACAGCCACAAGAGGCCAUACCUAAUCAAAGUGACUUCUGAGUGGUGCUUUGCAUGCAUCCACAUUGAGCCUGUGUGGAAGGAGACUGUGCAGCAGCUAGAGCCGCUGGGCGUGGGUAUUGGCAUCGUAGAUUUGGGCUAUGAGCGUCGACUGGCCACCCAGCUGGGGGCUCACCGUGCUCCCUCCAUCAUCGGGCUGGUGAACGGCAAGGUGACCUUCUUCCAUCAAGCUGUGGUCCGGGAGCACCUGCAGCAGUUCAUUGAAGACCUGCUGCCCCACAGACUGGUGGAAAAGAUCACAGAUGAUAACUACCUGGCUUUUCUGGAUAGCUGGCAUGUGGAAAAUAAGCCCAGCGUUCUCUUGUUUGACCAAGUUCCUGUUGUUCCCUUGCUCUAUAAGUUAACAGCAUUCGCCUUCAGAGACUAUGUGCGUUUUGGCUACGUGGACCAGGGUGACACGCACAACACUCGACUACUGCGGCAGUUCAACAUAAACACAUAUGCCCCCACCAUGCUGCUGUUUAAGGAGGACACAGAGAGGCCUGUUGAUGUCAUCCAGGCCAGAGGGAUGAAGCGACAGCUCAUGGAUGAGUUUGUCUCCAAUAACAAGUUCCUGCAGGUGCCACGACUUGUCAACCAGCAGCUUUUUGAUGAGCUCUGUCCUGUCAAGCAGUUCCACCGACGGAGGAAGUACUGUGUGCUGCUGAUCACAGGGGAGGAGCAAGCCUUUCUUCCAGGCAAUAAGGCCUUCGUGGACUUCGCUACAGCUAACAAAAAAGAGGUGCUACGGUUUUCAUACGUCUACCAGCGUCAGCAGCAGCCUCUCUGUCUAGCACUGCUCAAUCAGGUUUCACUCACACCUCAGGUGGUGAUUCUUGAGCGGCGGAGCCCAGCUGGUAAGGUCCUCUACCGUUCUGUGAAUGGUGGCUGGAACGGCAGCGAAGAAGACAAGUAUCACCUCCAGGAGCAGCUGGAGCUGCUUCAGAAGGAUCCCACCUAUCUGAGUUUGGAUGCAACACUGCCCGAGCUCAACAACGAGAUGGCCCCUAUUUUUAUUAUUCAGUGGAUGAAUGCUGCCUAUGAUUACAUCCUUCAGCUAUAUGAUGAGCUUCUCUACUCAAACUGGCGGGAGAUGAUGCCCAUCCUGUCCUUGAUCUUCUCGGCUCUCUUCAUUCUUUUUGGCACCGUCAUCAUCCAGGCAUUCAGUGAGCCAGGUGAGAACAAACCCCAGAAGCCAAAGCAGCAACCACGAACUGAGGAUGAUGCAUCAAGUGGAGCGAGUACCUCAAGCAGUCGUCCUCCUAAGAAGGACUUUGUGGAAGUGACGGAGCUGACGGACAUCACGUACACCAGUAACCUGAUCAAGCUGAGGCCUGGCCACAUCAAUGUUGUGUUGGUGCUCACCAAUGCCUCCAAGAAUGCCUUGCUGAGGAAAUUUGCUAAAGAGGUUUUCUCUUUCUCUGGGACUCAGACUCUACACUUCUCUUUCCUCAACGCUGAUAAGCACUACCACUGGAUGCCAUCACUCCUUCGCUCAGCUUCUGACGCUACAGAGAGCAUGGGACAUUCAGAAGAGGAUGAGGAGUCUUCGGAUUACACCGGCCACGUUCUGGCCCUCAACGGCCACAAGAAAUACUUUUGCCUGUUUAGGCCUGUCUUCACAGGGGAUGAUCCCAGCAACUCUGAAACCUCAUUCUCUGACAGGAGUAGAAAGUCCCGGUCCAGGUCCAGAUCCAGCUCCCACUCUCGAUCCCGGUCUAGUUCCAGGGAGGACGGGACCGGCACCAAGAGUGGCUCCAGUAGGGCCACCAGCAUAGAAGUCCACCAUAAGCUUGACAGGCUGGGACUGUGGAUGGAGAGACUAAUGGAGGGUACCCUACCCAGAUUACAUGUGCCUGCAUGGCCUUCCCUUGAUGAAACCGCUAACACCUCUUCCACUGAGAGCUGAGGUCAAAAUAAGAUAGACACAUACUCUUUGUGGUCUUGUCUCCUGUUUUAGUUAACAGGAAACCUACAGAGCAUUGUUGUAGUUUUCAGAUUGCUAAGAUCCCUUUUACAGAGGUAAGUUGCUGCCACAGUUGCAACCUGUUUACAGAAUGGUUUAUUUGUAUGUUGUAUAAGGCAGUUUGAAAUUGGUGGCUUAGACAAACCUUUAAAAUAUACUGAUGUGCAUCUUUGACAUGAGAUGAAUGCAUAUUGAGACAAAGUUUGGGCUGUGUCAUCAGUUAAUGAUUCUGUACAGAGACAGGAGCCAAAACAGGAACAAAUCUAUUGAAAAAAAGCAGCAAAAGAGAUGAUUCUUCUGUUGUGUUGACUUAAAAAUGCUUACAAUGAGUUUGAGGUUCAUACACAUCCGGAUGAUGCAUGUCGUUGGCUAGCUGCAGUUUUUUUUUCCUAUCCUUUAAAUUACUGUUAAUUUAAAUGAUAUUUUUCUUUUGCUGUACUUUGAACCACCUAGAGCCUCUAACAUUUUUACAGUCUACAGCCCCCUGUCAUGAGUUUGACCUUCAGCAUUAUAUCCCGCCGAGGGAGAAUUCUGCUUCAUGUGUUCAGAUCUCCACACAGGCUUUUUUUGGAGGCAGGUUAAAAUGAAUAAAGGCUUGCAAACUGAGCCUGUUGCACUGAACUUAUGUAUAAUUCAUUUUUAUGAACUUUUGGAGCCUUCAGUUGAACUUGAUUAUUGUCCUUCGUUUGCUAUUAUAGGUCUGCCACUACAAAGAGAAUUUCACACAGUGACACAGCCAUUUAUAUUUCAGUGUGUUUUUAACGUAGGAUUGAUGGUUGAACAGUGUUCAUCAUGAUGGUUUUCUGCUCAGACCAAGGCCAAACUCCUGUUUUGUUUAAAUUUGCCAUCUGUUGUCUGAAUCGGGGAGAAAUCAUAAAUCCUACCAUACUGUAAUUGCUCUUUUUAAGUCUGUGCUCAUAAACCACUGUAAAUGUUACCACAUGGAAUAAGUAGACCUAAAAUCACUAAUACAUGUUUAGUGAAUUUGCACUGGCAACUUAAAUGUUUCACCCCCUUUAUCUCGUCCUUUCACUCUGUAAAUGAAUAAUUUGCUACUCAACAAAUAAUAUUUGCAGUACACUAAUACAAAAUGGGUUUUUUUUCUUCAAUGUCCUGUGAACUUCAUUUUUGUUUCUAUGUCCAACUGUGAGAAAUU